CUCUCUCUCUCUCUCUCUCUCUCACCACUGUUACUGUCUUGUAGGUUUACCAGUGUAGUACUUUAUAGUGUCGUCGCAGUAUGACACUUCACACUAGCUAGUUAUUAUAAAUAAAUUGCCUUCUUCUCCGAGCUAGAACCGAACAACAACACUUCUCAGGAAUGGUCCCUGUUCCUCUUACAAUUACUAUUACUGUCACCGUUACACCAUCACCCCUCUCUUAGAAUAUCACCACACAUUUCACAUUCUCAAUUUCUUUCUCUUUUCUCCCUGCAUUUGCUGAUUCCGACCACAUAGGCCAACAUGGAAACAACCUCGUUUUCCAAAUUGUUCUUCUUCUUUUCCUUUUUGGUUUUGUGUUCUCAUGUUGCUCGUGCUUUUGUUACCUACGACAGAAAGGCCCUUCUCAUCAAUGGACAGAGGAGAAUCCUCUUCUCCGGCUCCAUACAUUACCCCAGAAGCACCCCUGAUAUGUGGGAGGAUCUGAUUCUGAAGGCCAAAGAAGGAGGGAUUGAUGUGGUUGAAACCUACGUCUUCUGGAACGUUCAUGAGCCUUCUCCUGGCAAUUACAAUUUCGAAGGGAGGUAUGAUCUGGUGAGAUUCGUGAAGACAAUACAGAAAGCAGGGCUCUAUGCUCAUCUCCGCAUUGGACCUUAUGUCUGUGCAGAAUGGAAUUUCGGUGGAUUUCCUGUUUGGCUUAAGUAUGUUCCGGGGAUAAGCUUUAGAACAGACAAUGAACCUUUCAAGAGGGCGAUGCAAGGGUUCACUGAGAAGAUUGUGGGAAUGAUGAAGAGUGAGCGGCUAUUUGAGUCUCAGGGUGGCCCCAUCAUACUCUCUCAGAUUGAGAAUGAAUAUGGGGCACAGAGUAAGUUGCAAGGAGCUGCUGGUCAAAACUAUGUGAAUUGGGCUGCAAAAAUGGCUGUGGAAAUGGGAACUGGGGUCCCUUGGGUGAUGUGCAAGGAAGACGAUGCACCAGAUCCAGUGAUAAACACCUGCAAUGGCUUCUAUUGUGAUAAAUUUACUCCAAAUAGACCCUAUAAGCCUAUGAUUUGGACAGAGGCUUGGAGUGGCUGGUUUACAGAAUUUGGAGGUCCAAUUCACAAAAGACCUGUCCAGGAUUUGGCAUUUGCAGCUGCUAGAUUUAUAAUAAGAGGAGGGUCCUUUGUAAACUACUACAUGUAUCAUGGAGGAACUAAUUUUGGACGAACAGCUGGAGGCCCUUUCAUCGCUACCAGCUAUGACUAUGAUGCUCCACUGGAUGAAUAUGGUUUGAUUAGGCAACCAAAAUAUGGUCAUCUUAAAGAGCUUCAUAGGGCUAUCAAGAUGUGUGAGCGAGCUUUGGUUUCAACUGACCCAAUUGUUACUUCAUUAGGGGAAUUCCAGCAGGCUCAUGUAUACACUACGGAAUCUGGAGAUUGUGCUGCUUUUCUCUCCAACUAUGACUCAAAAUCCUCUGCUAGAGUGAUGUUCAACAAUAUGCACUAUAGCUUGCCUCCUUGGUCAGUCAGCAUCCUCCCAGACUGCAGAAAUGUUGUCUUCAACACAGCAAAAGUUGGAGUGCAAACAUCUCAGAUGCAAAUGUUGCCAACAAAUACUCAGUUGUUCUCAUGGGAAAGUUUUGAUGAAGAUAUUUAUUCUGUGGAUGAAAGCUCAGCAAUUACUGCUCCUGGUCUCCUGGAACAGAUAAAUGUAACAAAGGAUGCAAGUGAUUAUCUUUGGUAUAUAACUAGCGUUGAUAUAGGUUCGUCUGAAUCCUUUCUACGUGGAGGUGAACUCCCCACUCUCAUUGUUCAGUCUACAGGCCAUGCUGUGCAUGUAUUCAUCAAUGGUCAACUUUCUGGUUCUGCCUUUGGAACAAGGGAGUAUAGGAGAUUCACAUAUACUGGCAAGGUAAACCUUCUUGCUGGAAUAAACAGAAUCGCUCUGCUCAGUGUAGCCAUUGGACUUCCUAACGUGGGAGAACACUUUGAGUCAUGGAGCACAGGAAUCCUUGGUCCAGUUGCACUCCAUGGACUUGACAAGGGAAAAUGGGACUUGUCAGGGCAGAAAUGGACUUAUCAGGUUGGAUUGAAAGGAGAAGCCAUGGAUCUUGCCUCUCCAAAUGGUAUCUCUAGUGUUGCGUGGAUGCAGUCAGCAAUAGUUGUUCAAAGAAAUCAACCAUUGACAUGGCACAAGACUUAUUUUGAUGCUCCCGAAGGAGAUGAACCAUUGGCAUUGGAUAUGGAGGGUAUGGGCAAAGGUCAAAUAUGGAUCAAUGGACAGAGUAUUGGAAGAUACUGGACUGCUUUUGCUACUGGUAAUUGCAAUGACUGUAACUAUGCUGGCUCAUUUAGACCUCCAAAGUGCCAACUUGGUUGUGGUCAACCAACCCAGAGAUGGUACCACGUUCCUCGAUCUUGGUUGAAGACAACUCAAAAUCUUUUGGUUAUCUUUGAGGAACUUGGGGGGAAUCCUUCAAAAAUUUCACUUGUGAAGAGAUCAGUAAGCAGUGUCUGUGCUGAUGUGUCAGAGUACCACCCAAAUAUUAAGAACUGGCACAUUGAGAGCUACGGUAAGUCCGAAGAGUUCCGUCCACCGAAGGUUCACUUGCAUUGCAGCCCUGGCCAGACCAUCUCUUCCAUUAAAUUUGCCAGCUUUGGAACUCCUUUGGGUACUUGUGGGAACUAUGAACAAGGAGCUUGCCAUUCCCCAGCAUCCUAUGUCAUAUUAGAGAAGAGAUGUAUAGGAAAACCAAGAUGCACAGUCACCGUAUCAAACAGCAACUUCGGGCAAGACCCGUGUCCAAAGGUGUUGAAGCGGUUAUCAGUUGAAGCAGUUUGUGCUCCAACCACUACAAAUUGGAGGGGUUGAUAAGGGCAAGGAAACACCCUUUUACGUUUAGUGUGCAGUGACUUAAGUUAAACAGCAAGAAAAAGGGAACAACAAUAAAAGGAGCAUAGUUAAAGUUAAAGGUAGUUGUCUUUUUAGUGCAGACCACAUGUAUCCUCCACCCACGGGAGAGGGAGAGUUGUCUAGUUGAAUAGGUUGAAUGCCAUGGUGUGAAAGUAGUAACUAUGUAACGAAAUGUUGGUGGUGGUGGUGGGGUUAACUGGACUUGUAUGUAUAAAUUUUUUCAUAGUUAGAUAGGUGAAUGUGAAACCACGGGUCUGAAAUUUGGACCAUUGUGUGUGAAUUUGGAGUACCAGUCCCUUUCCUUUUUAACCGGAUAUGGGCACUGGGAAGCGAGGCAUUUAUGAUGGUGUCAUUUGUGUUUCUUUUUUUGUAACUUUAUUAAUGGAGUGAGUCAUGCCACAAAUCAAUCCCACUGUAACCAUUGUCUGAUGAGAUUUAUAGAAGUUCACUGUUUUUGCCUA